UUCACCUUACUGAAUUUGUAGCGGAGCCCUGCCGAAAUCGCGCCAGAGCAUUUUGUCCUCUGAGCUGACUGUUGUAGAGGUCGAAGUUGAAGUUGGGACGUAAUAGCUGCUAGAACAUUUGCACAAGUGUUUCACUUCAGCCAUCAGGAAACCAGUGAAGAUUGUGAUACCAAAGAUGUCUUCUGAAGAAACAUUAAGUGUUGGAGGGGAAGAAGAGGUAAGGAGCUUCAGUUCGAGUUCGAGCUCUAGUGGGCGAAGUGGGAGUGGGACCUCUGUUAGUGGGGGCAAUGGGGGUCAGGAGGAUAGUGUUGUUCCAACUAACAUCUUAGAAGUUGGUGACAGUCAGGAAAGGUGUUAUGACGAAAAGGAAAAUGUGGGAUCAUUGGAUGUCACUAUAUGCGCAUUGUCUAGCGGUUGGGCUUCGGUUUCCCAUUCCAGAGCUGCUGGUAGCGUUGUGUUGAAGGAGUAUGGGAUUGGGCUGACGCAACUCGUCCCAAACGAAGUUCGGCUGAUGGGGGGAAGUGGGAAGGAGAAAGGGUGGUUCUAUUUCACGCCUAAGGGGAGGAGAGAUGGAGAAGUGGAGGAGCUCAAUAGGUGGAAGGGGAAGAAAAAGAACCCUAAUCAGUAUCGACUAGGGGAGGUGGAGAAGGACGAGGUGGAGAGGUUUAAGAGGGUUGGGGGGGAGUUGGCAAACAUAAUGUACCUCACCAGUCCAAAGGUGGUGGAGUCGUUUGGAAUUUAUGGAAGGAGCUCGUUGAGCAGAGAGGAAACGAAUCAUUUGAGAGCUGAAGGUAAAGUUAUAAGACUUCUGGAGAGGGGGUCAAAGGCAUCAACUUCGAGUGCCAUAGAGGAACAAGUUGGGGAUGGGACUUCAAGACCUCACCCCAACGGUGGAGCUCGAGCUAAAGUGGGGCCUAGCUCGAAGCCAAGGAGGGGAUCCACCGAGGAAGGGGCCGUUGCUCGGAAAAGGCAAAGGGUGGAAGAAGUGCAUCCGUUGCACAUCAAGGCCCCAAUUGAGUUCGUGCCUCGGCCUCCCCCCAUGCAGAUUGACCCAUCAUUGCGAAAAGUAGAAGUUGUGGUGCUUGGGAAGGGGAAGAGCUCUAUUCCCUACCCCAGGCAGGUCUGCAGCUUCUACGAAUCUGGGAGGACGAUUGGGAAACGUUUCAUCAGCUCCCACUUCCCUCAGGUGGAUCUGCAGAGGGCUAGGGAUGAGGUGGCUACCAAUGGGAGAUCAGGGGUAGUUCGGCAAGCCCUAGAGACUGAAAAUUUAGUAAAUGCAAUGGUAGUUGAGUUCUUCAAUUGCCUCCAAGAGCGAAUUGCCUUGGUUGGGAAGAACGAAGAGCUAAGUCGUCAAAAAAAGGCAGCCGAGAAGAACUUCAAUGAACUGACCUUAAAGCUGAAGAAGAUCAGAGAGGAGUUAGUCACUUACAAGAGGGUUGCCAAACUGGAAGAGCAGAAGAGGAAGAAGUGCAAGGAGGCACUUGCGAAAAGGGAUAACGAGCUGGCUGAGGUUAAGAAGAUAGCCGAGCUGGCGAUCCAUAACUCGGUUGAGCACCACAUUUCGGACUUCAUCAAGUCUCCUACGUUUUCCAAGGUGGUGGACCUCUACCAUUUGCCGACUUUAGCGAUGGCCUUCAUCGACUGCCGUAAGAAGGUGAACGCCCAAAAUCCGAAGGUGGAUGUGACCAACAUCACAUUUGGCCCCGAGGAGGCAGGGGUAGAGGAGAACGGGGAUAGUAAGACGGCGGAGUUCUGUCCUAAGGUAAAAUUAACUUGGGAACGGGAUGAGGCUAGGAAAACUAUCCUCCCUCCUACCUUGGAGUGGGAACGGGAUGAGGCUAGGAGAACUAUCCUCCCUCCUACCUUGGAGUUUGAGUUCGUCGUCGUCAACGAGGAGGAGGCCAAGGUUCCACCGAGAACCGAGGUGACGGAUAACAUGCGAGAGGAGGAAAUGGACCAACAGCAUUAGAUCAUCGACCAAGCUCGGCCAGUUCGUUCCUUGCUUCUCUUUUUUUUUUUUUUUUAAGAACACUUUGUAUUUUUUAUUUUCGAAUCAAUGAAUUAGAAGUUG